AUGGACAAGAAGUCCUCAACACAAACUUCAAACUGUCAGGAAGUGAAACUCAACCCUCACUCAUCACCACAAAGGGACCGUUUCAUAUCAUUUUUUUCCUCACACAGACUGUGUGUCGGCGGACACAAACACAAGUACAGACAACAGAGAGAAGUUUCCUCCAGAAUGUCGAACACAGCAGACUCCCUCACGCCCGAAGAGACGCAGGACGCCGCCGUCUCUGAUGUGUCACCACCAGCGUACUCCUACCAAGAGCAGCAGCCUCCACCUUACUCUGCAGCCCCGCCGAUGUACACUCCAGCCAAAAUUGAGACAACUUACACCUAUCAGCCUACCUCAGGAUAUGAGUCCUUCCGCGAUAUAAUCCCAGAGUCCGUGCCGGACACGACUCCACUCACAUCCUCGUGUUCCUUUGAUGACAAGACAGUGAGGAUGGCGUUUGUUAGGAAGGUAUUCAGCAUCUUGACCCUCCAGCUGCUGUUCACCUUCAGCGUGGUGUGUGUGUUCACCUUCUCCACCGUGGUCAAGAAGGCAGUGCAGGACAACCUGUGGGCCUAUCUCAGCUCCUUCAUCAUCUUCGCCGUGGUCGCCACCGCCCUCAGCUGCUGCAGGUCCUUCAGUCGGCGUCACCCCUGGAACAUCGUGGGGCUGGCUGUGGUCACCCUGAGCCUUUCAUACAUGGUGGGAACCAUCGCCUCCUUCCACAACACCAACGCUGUCGUCAUCACUAUGGGAGCGACGCUGGCCAUUUCUCUCGCCAUCAUCGCUUUCUCAGCUCAGACUCGUAUUGAUUUCACUAUUUUUUACGGUGUUCUGCUGAUUCUGGCUGUGGACGUUCUCAUGUUUGGGUUCUUCUGCACCUUCUACUACUCCUACAUCACUGAUGUCGCCUAUGGAUGUCUGGGAGCUCUGCUGUACUCCCUGUUCCUGAUGAUCGACUGUCAGCUGAUGAUGGGGACGAUGAGCUACCGUCUGGAUCCGGAGGAAUACAUCAACGCUGCUCUCAUGAUCUACCUGGACAUAGUCCUCAUCUUCCUCUACCUCCUGGGGAGGAGGUGAAACUGUGUUCACACACAUACACACACACACACACACAUACAGACAGACACUCCAAACUGCAACCACAAUCAAAAAGCUAAUUUUUUUAUUAUGUACAUAUUGUAACUGCAUCCUGUUUUAAGUGACAAUGAAUGAAUGAUGAUCAGCGUUUUUACAGAAUAUUGUCUUUGUCUCAGUUUUACAUAAAUAAAACAUAAUUAAAAACUGUAUUUUAUUCUGUUUCUUGCAUUUUAUGUUAACCAAUACAAAAACAUGACAAUUAUUCAAACAAACAAAAACAUUUAUUAAUAAAACACAUUAUUAAGAAGUAAUGUCAAUCCAGCCUAGAAGAUGUUUCAUUUUGUGUCAUUAAAGUCAGACACUGAUAAUUCAAUAGAUCCAAAAUAAGGCCAUUUGUGUUACAUACAGCACCAGAGCAGAAAACUAAAAUGCUAUGAAUGUUGCUGUGUGAAACAUGCAAUACAAUAACAAGCUUGUAGUGAUAUAAAGUCACAUUGGCAAGAAGUAGUGCAAAAUGUUCUGCAUAUUUUCCUCAUAUCACAUAGAUCCAUUUUCAUCUUUUACCUUCACCAAAGCUUCAGCAGCAGCGUAUUUUGUACCUGUAGCCUCAUUGAUAAAUAAAGAGGAAUGUAGAAAUGAUUUUACAGGCUCAAACAUAAACUUCCUGACUCAAAAAGAAAAAGAGAUUUGUUGAACUGAUUACCUGUGACAUACAGAA